GACAUGGACUAUGAGAGGCCAAAUGUCGAGACUAUCAAGUGUGUGGUGGUUGGAGACAAUGCAGUUGGAAAGACCCGUCUUAUCUGUGCCCGGGCCUGUAACGCAACGCUUACACAAUACCAGCUACUUGCCACACAUGUGCCCACUGUCUGGGCAAUAGAUCAGUACAGAGUCUGCCAGGAGGUUCUAGAAAGGUCCAGGGAUGUGGUGGAUGAUGUCAGUGUGUCCUUGCGUCUCUGGGACACUUUCGGUGACCAUCACAAGGACCGCAGAUUUGCGUAUGGCAGGUCUGAUGUGGUGGUGUUGUGUUUCUCCAUUGCAAACCCAAACUCACUCCACCAUGUGAGGACGAUGUGGUACCCUGAGAUCAAGCAUUUCUGUCCCAGAGCUCCUGUUAUCCUAGUGGGCUGCCAGCUAGACCUGCGGUACGCCGACCUGGAGGCAGUGAACAGAGCUCGCCGGCCACUGGCCAGACCCAUUAAAUCCAAUGAGAUAUUGGCGCCAGAGAAAGGCCGUGAGGUGGCUAAAGAACUAGGCGUCCGUUAUUAUGAGACCAGCAUAGUUGCUCAGUUCGGGGUUAAGGACGUUUUCGACAAUGCUAUCCGAGCAGCCCUCAUUUCCCGUCGUCAUCUCCAAUUCUGGAAGUCACAUUUACGAAAUGUUCAAAGGCCACUCCUCCAAGCCCCCUUCCUUCCCCCAAAACCCCCUCCACCCAUUAUCACCGUUCCUGCCCCUCCCAGUAAUAUCGAAGAGCACGCUAGUCGGCUGUUGGAGGACCCGCUCUGCACCGAUGUCAUCUUAGCCAAGUUCUACGACCUCUUCUUGACCGAACCUCGGGGUCCUGAGGAGAUCGAACGGGAGCGAGAACGACCCCGAGGGCCACCGCUUUCUGGCCGCGAAUUGCUGAUGCGCGCAGUUAGUUUUGACGUUUGUGAAAGUAGUGACGAUGGAGAUAGAGCAAACUUGCGUGCCUGCACCAGUGAUGGAACUCUAAAAGGCGACGGAGAUCGUCGCGGUCGUCUGCUCCCAGCCUUGAGUCGUGCUUUCAUUAGCAUCCAAGAAGAAAUGGUGGAUGACCCCGUGACCUUCAACCCUAGAAAAAUGACCGUUGUUCACAUGGACCCUUCAAUGCAGCCCGGUCCAUUCCGAUCGGUGUUGCGGUACCUGUAUACAGGUAAACUAGAUGAGCGGGAGAAGGAGCUAAUGCAGGUGGCCCACAUCGCAGAGCUGCUGGAAGUGUUUGACCUGCGUAUGAUGGUGGCUAAUAUCCUGAACGAUGAGGCCUUCAUGAAUCAGGAGAUCACCAAGGCCUUUCACGUGAGACGCACCAAUCGAGUGAAAGAAUGUCUGGCCAAAGGGACCUUCUCUGAUGUGGUGUUCAGGUUGGAUGAUGGCACCAUCAUGGCCCAUAAACCACUGCUUAUCUCAAGCUGUGAUUGGAUGGCAGCCAUGUUUGGUGGACCAUUUGUGGAGAGUUGUACAAAAGAGGUGCUGUUUCCAAACACUACGCGGAGCUGCAUGCGUGCUGUGCUGGAGUAUCUCUAUGCUGGCUGCUUCUGCUCUCGCCCAGAUCUGGAUGCCAUGGAACUCAUUGUUCUUGCAAACCGUCUCUGUCUGCCUCACCUGGUAGCGCUGACAGAGCUGUACACUGUGAAGGUACUGACAGAAGCUGCCAUGAUGGGAGCUGAUAUAGAUGGAGAUGUUCUGCUCUAUCUGGACAUGGCCCAGUUCCACUGUGCUCAUCAGUUGACUGACUGGUGCCUCCAUCACAUCUGCACCAACUACAACAGAGUCUGUCGCAAAUUCCCUCGAGACAUGAAGGCCAAAUCUACAGAAAACCUGGAGCACUUUGAGAAACAUCGCUGGCCUCCAGUGUGGUAUCUAAAGGAAGAAGAUCACUAUCAGCGGGCGCGCAAGGAGCGUGAGAAGGAAGAUUACCUGUACCAAAAGCGUCAGUGUAAACGCAAGUGGCUCUUCUGGAAUCUACCGUCCUCCAAUUCUCCAUCUUCUCCUGGUUCUUCGGCAGUCAUCUGAUCGGCUCUCAGGGUGCAUGACCCACCUAACAGCCAUAAAUGUGGGAUAUAAAAACAAGGCAUGAUAGCCUUUUUCAACUCUAUAAGAUGACCUAUUCACAUUUUCUGUUGAGCAAAAUGCCCAAGCCCUGCUUUUAGCUGCUGAAGAACAAGCAAAAAUGAAACAGGAUGGAGAACGCAAGUCAAAGCAACACAAGGCUUUGACUAAAAGCACAUUGCUGAGUCUUUCUACUGGUUGAAUUUUUCAUCAAAUCAAAUCAAAUCAGCUUUGACAUCAUAUCCUGCGGUAUUAGAGCGCUGCACAGUUUGCUGUUAAAAGACAAUCUUCGCUCAGCAUCGGUUCCCCAAACAUAACCAUAUCUUCAUCUGUAUAGAAACAUGCAUGGCAGGACUGCACAUAUUCAUAACUUGAAAUGCUAAUAAGUGCUUUUCAGCUCUAAAGGACGAGAACACCGGAACGUUUUAGAGCAACCAGCAAAUAUAAUCUACAAUCAAACCACUUCAACAGACCGAUGUUCUCAAGAUUCA